AUGACACACAUCAGUCAUCUCCUUGUGCUGGGAACGCCUCGCAACAUGAGGACCAUUAUUUUAGUGUCAUUCGUGGCUGCGUUAAGCGUGGCAGCUGCUGCUCCUGACGGUUGCUGUGGUGGAAGCCACCGGAGGUGGCUCUCGAGGCGGCCACGGCAGAUCCAGCGGUGCCAGCAUUGUCCGAGCUGAGCUGGUCGGAGUUGGCACUCUUCCCAGCACUCGGAGGUGGCUCUCGAGGCGGCCACGGCAGAUCCAGCGGUGCCAGCGUUGUCCGGGCACAGCUGGUUGGUGUUGGCAGCCUUCCCUCAGGCGGGGGCAGCGGCCACGGGUCUAAUGCUAUUUCCACCGGUGGAGGAUACGGCGGUUGAAGCGGCUAGUAAAGUGUUUUUCUCGUAAAUGAGCUGGUUUCCAAAGACGUUACUAAAUACAAAAAAGGAAUGCCACAUUAGUAUUGCAAUUGUUGAAUACGAAUAAAAGGAAAUUCAAACA